UUUACAUAAUAAAAGAUAAUUUGGUAAAAUGUUAAUUAAAUUGAAAUAUGAGAUAAAAAGUGUUUCAAAUGUUUCGGGGACUGGUUAUUUCUAGUCAGUUAAAGCUGUUCAAAUGUAGUAUAAAACCUGUAAAUUCCAGACUGUACCAUAGUAAAUGUACGAUAUUAAAUAUGUCCAGAAAAAGGGACGAAUCUUCGCCGUACUACGGCGGAAUCUCCUCAGAUUCCACCGAAAAAAGGAAGGCACUUCUGUCAUUAUCCAUUCCAACUAAAAGGUCACAUUCCAACAGUAUUAAAGUCCUAAGCUUCCAGGAAUCACAGUCUCAACACUCCUUGACUAGGGAACCUAAACUUACGGAGUCUACUCCAUUUGUUAAAUCCGUUGUUCCGGAGAACAUAAAGAAGAUGGUAAGAUUAUUUGGGAAGAACCCAGAGUUUAAUGCGCUCAUUUACGGAGACGACAAUGUGUUAAAUUGUCUCACAAUUAAGCAGCGGAUUAUGAACUUUCAAGUCGACUGGGACAUCCAAAUGCAAGACAAACUAGCAUCCUGCAAAUACAAUCUCAAGACUCCAGACGGCAAAGUUUUUACAGGAGAAACAUUUUCUACUAAUAAGAAAUUAGCCAAAAAACUAGCCGCAAGAGAAAUUUUAUCCAACCUCCCAAUACCCUCCUUCGACGAGAUGUAUGAGAACAGCCGUUGGAUGAUUUCGGUGCGUAAGAAUUUACUCGGCGCUAGGGAAGAAAUUGUCGAAAAAACCUUUACAAACGUGUGUGUUUGUAAAAUCGAGUGGAAAAUUGGCGAUGUUAGUUAUCUCGGCACUGGAGAAGGGCACGAUUUCAAGGAAGCUGAACUCUACGCCAGUCAGAAUUUAUACCUACAAACACUCAACCUUAAAAAUUCGGGUAAGAAUUUGGACAGGAAUUUGUGUAAAAAUUUGGGUAAGGGAAUAAAAUCCCCCGUCACGGAUGGAAAUAACCUCGCAACUGCAUCCGCUAAAUCAACGUUUGACGAUGAGUUAUCCCGAUCUGACGCCGCACAAAUUAAUAAUCUACGCAAUAUUCUCAUCUCCAAAAUCAAAAUCAAACAAGAGGAGAGUGUGGUGUCUAUACCGGGCGGAUUUGAGUGUACGUUGGUGUGGAACUGGACAACUCCGGAAGGGGUCCCGACCCAGAAAACAGUGAUAAAAAGCGGAAGUAGUAAGUUACUUGCAAGGGCCAAUGCCAGCAAGACGAUGCUUGUGGAAAUGGGCACCAUCCAAGACAUUAACCCCAAUCAAAGCCAACUCUCAACCAAAAUCAAAUCCUCACUCAAUUCCGACUUGGGCGAGUCUGUGCGUCUGGCGUGUGAACUGAUAACUUCAUCGAAUUCCACGGUUUGGCGCCUGUUUAUCCUCCAGUUGUGGAAUAAACUCCUGUUUAACACUGACAAAUCAGCGAUUUUAAAGCUUCUAAACACGGUAAUCCACGCGCAAAAUGAUCCGAAACAGACAAGUUUACAGGGCGACAUUUGGGAAUCUAUGCUUUAUAACUUAAUUUACGUCAUGGACGAGGAGUUUGUCAGGACAGUUCUCAACCUCAUGCACUCACUGAAGCUCAACGAAACUCAUUUCUACUCCAAAAAAGCACUCCAAUACUAUCAACACAAUACGAUAUUACUGUGUAUGGAGUAUCAGUGUAAUGUAUGUAAUGAAGUGUUGUUGAGGAGGGAAAAUGUGAAUUUGUUCAAGGGUGAGAUGGUUCUUAUGGACUUGGCAAAGUUACAAAUGCCAAACCUCAUUAUGACCUCAAAAGUCGACUACGAAUACACCAGGAAUAACAUUUUCAAGGAAAACGACAUUGUGCUACUUUUACCCAGUGAUCACACUGCAGCAGAUCCCAACACACCCGGCCUGAUUUGCAACGUUCUGAAGCACAGAGUUGGCAAUUUUGUACUUAAUAUGACCUUAAAAUUUGUGUCACUCAUUUCUAACCCCUUGGACGGUACACAGAGUAACCCUUUGGACACUGCACAGAGUAAUAAUUUGGACAGUACAAGGGAUAAAUCCCGGUGUUUGGAUGAGUUUGGGUUGUUGAAUUAUUCGAAGUAUGUUGUGAUGUAUGUAAAAUCGUUAAUUCCGUAUUUGCGGAUGAUUGAGGCGACACAGUCCCUGACACACGUAAUCUUCCCAAUCAACACGAACGCCGGCAAAUACUCUUUCACCUACGAAAUGAAGGAAAUUUUACUAAACUCCAAGACAUUCUCAACACAACCCACACCUAACUCUUUGUUGACGAAUAUGACGUUGACGCCGGUCCAGUACACGGCGUGCAUGUCAGCGUUAAGGAACCCGUUAACACUGAUUCAAGGCCCGCCAGGUACUGGGAAAACACACGUAGCAUGCGCUAUCAUCGAUUGCUGGGCCAAACUCAAUCCAACAAACAGAAUUCUAGCCGUUGCAGACUCCAACAUUGCAGCCGAUAACUUGAUUGACGCCUUGACGAGGAAGGGCAUAAAUGCGUUAAGAAUCGGUCAAAGUUCCGAGUAUGAGCUCCAGGAAGACUCAAUCAAACAUUUGGAACGUUAUAAUUCGUAUGUGAAAUUGAGGCAGUCAGGCUACUAUAAGGAGGCGAAAAAUUUAAAGGUUUUGUUAUAUUCCGAGGCUAUUAAGCAGCAUAAUAUUAUUAUUGCAACCUGCGUCGGUUCCGGGAAUGAUCUGCUCCACAAUUACCAAUUCUCACACGUCAUCAUCGACGAAUGCUCACAGUCCAUAGAGAUGAGUAACUUGAUACCGAUUGGGAAGGGAUGUAAGUCAUUAGUGUUAAUCGGUGAUCACAAGCAAUUACGACCAACAAUCAUCUCCAAUCACGCUCUUAAACUUGGACUGGACAAAUCAUUGUUGGAGCGGUUAAUAGAGGAGGAAGUGGCUCCGGUACACAUGUUAAAUGUGCAAAGGAGAAUGCACCCCUCAAUCAUCGAAUUCCCAAACAUGCAUUUCUACUCCAAUAAAAUACACAGUCAAGGUAAUGUAAAUUGUGUUUACAAUGUCGGAGAAGUGAAUAGGAGUCGUAUAAGAGGAUUUAAGUGGCCUGUGGAGUGUUAUAAUGUUGUGUUUAUUGAUGUGAGUACAUCACCAAGCACACAAUUUGAACUUCCCCAAGGCAAAUCCAAGUCCAAUCUCAUUGAGGUAAAGUGUGUGAUGGCGUUGUUGAAUUCGUUUUUAAGGGCAAAUGAUGUUAAGGAACACCAGAUUGGGAUCCUGACACCGUAUGACGCUCAAAAAUUAUUAAUCAAGAAAUGUCUUAAAACACUCAAAGGAUUGGAGAGUGGUAUGAUUGAGGUUGACAGUGUGGAUGGGUUCCAGGGCCGUGAAAAAGACUUGAUAAUCUUCACCGCUGUAAGAUCGAAUCUCGUAAAGGAUAUUGGAUUCCUCAAAGAUCCCAGGAGAAUGAACGUUAUGCUCACCAGAGCCAGGAGAGGUCUUGUCAUACUAGGAGAUUCACACACUCUCAUGAGUGACAGGGAGAAUUGGCGUCCGUAUUUGAAUUGGAUUUACUCAAAAGGAUUAAACAUUCACAUUUCACAAUUAAAUUUAUAUCUCGAUUACCCCGACCACUCACUCCCAAAAUCACCAUCAGAUUUACACAACCUGAAUCAUCCAAACACUUCACAUUAACACAACAAUUUAACACAAGAUAAAAUA